AAAAGACUCACAAUCGCAGUGGAAUGGAAAAGAUACACAUCGACAAACAUGCAACCAAUGCAGUGGAGGCCUAUUUAGAAUACAAAAGGAUUGUUGGGGAAGAUGAUGGAGGGAGGCUGUUUUCAGAGGAAGAGUACAAGAAAUACAAAGAGACAGUGGUGCCAAGAAGAAUACAAAACCGUCUAUAUGUCAGUUUUGGGGUCCCGGGACAGAUAGACUGCAAACUGAUUGGACCAGAGACACCUUGCUUCUGUACACACAGGUAUAAACAACAUUGCACAGACUUUGAGGAGUUGCCAAAGGAAAGGCCUAUACUCUUGCCUUGUAGGGUCAAAGGUUGUCAAUGUGUGUCCUAUGAAUAUGUUCAUAUCAACGGCUCUAAACCAGUACGCUGUCAAUGCAAACACACAACCAGUGAACACAGUGAAGCUAUAGCACAUCAGUGCAAAAAAUGCACUCACUGCACUGGCUAUCGAAGUCCAUUCACCUGCGAAUGUGGUCAGCCUGGAUAUGCCCAUGUGACGCUGGUUGAAACCACGGAAGAGCGCAUGGCACGGGGGCGUCCGGUGGGCAGAGCUGUUCCAUAUGCAGCUAUGGGAGGUUUAACUGGAUUCAGCUCACUGGUGGACGGCUACCUGAGACUGGAUCCAAGUGGCGUAGGCAAUACAUGUGAACAGCACACAGAAUAGGCUAUGUGUCACCUGACAGUGGUGCCACAACAAACAUAAUGUUAGCA